AUGUCCAGCACUGCCACUACCACUCUCACUGAGACCUUCUCGAAGCUCUCGGUACGCGCCUCUACCGAGCCAUUGAAGCCAACAGGCGCACUCGACAAAUAUGACUUCGUCGACAUCACGCCUGUCAUCGGGCGCGAAUACCCGAAUGUGCAGUUGACCGAUCUGCUAAAUGCAGAGGAUGCAGACGAGCUGAUCAGAGAGCUGGCGAUAAUCGUGUCGCAGCGCAAUGUGGUGUUCUUUAGAAACCAGAACAUUGAGAUUGAGCAGCAGAAAAAGGCACAUCCAGCUCUGUCCCUUCACUCGAAGAUAGAGUCUGGUCCCGAGAUUCAUGUUAUCUCCUCAACGAAGUUCAAGCAACUAGAGCAGCAGGAUAAUUUCGAUCUGUCACAGCUCGCAUCUAGGGGUUGGCACUCAGACAUCACCUUCGAGCCCGUACCUUCGGAUUUUGCUAUCCUGAAGAUCCAUACGCUGCCGGAGACUGGUGGUGACACUGUCUGGGCAAGUGGAUACGAGGCGUACGACCGCCUGAGCCCUGCGCUGGCAAAGCAUCUCGAAGGCCUGACGGCAAUUCAUGAGGCAUCGAAGUUCAAGCGUUAUGUCGAGUCACAUGGGAAGACGCUUUAUGAUGGCGAGCGGGGAAACCCAGAGAAUGUGGGAGCAGACUUGCGAGCUGUCCACCCCGUCAUCCGCACCAACCCUGUAACUGGCUGGAAGGCGCUGUUCGUAAACAAGAACUUCACUCGCCGGAUACUCGAGCUUACCAAGGACGAAUCUGAUGCUACCCUCGACUAUCUGUUUAAGCUGGUGAACGACAACCAUGAUCUGCAAGUCCGCUUCAAGUGGAACAAAAACGACGUUGCUAUCUGGGCCAAUCCUGCUACGUUCCACAACGUGACUCGUGACUACGACGACCUGCGGGAGGGCGAUCGGGUGGUUUCACUCGGCGAGAGGCCAUACUAUGAUCCGAACUCCAAGUCACGACGGGAUGCACUCGGACAAAAGAAGCGCAUCUUUGGGUUUCAAGUUACCCAGUGAAAUAUUAAAUCUUUCAUAGAUAAACUGCUGUAGCGUAUACAUAGCGAGUGUUGCUCUCGAACGCAUGUGUCUGAUCC